GCACCUCAGCCUCCCAUCUGCACACUGGGUUGUAAGACGAACUUACGAGCCACCCGCCUACGCAUUGGUUCCUAACGCAAGAUGGCGUUGCAUCUGAAUGUCCUGAUCGCCUGGCGCUUGCAUAACCCCGCAGCGUGUUCUUCGAAUCCGUUGGAUACUCGAGGCCUCCCCUCCACCCUAGCUGAUCUCAGUAACAGUGAGUGCGCAGUGAGCGCUUCGCCCAUUUCGACCUCUGGAAGUCGUAUCGGCAGGCAAUGGAUUGAGCAUCGACGUCUUGUACAAUAACCAGAACCAGCCGUGGCCAGACGUCGCCUCAUACUGCUUACUAUGGACGGUCUUAGCACUGCCGCAAGUAUCGUCGCGGUGCUGCAGCUCGCUGGAACCGUUCUAAACUGCUUAAACUCGGUUCGGAAUGCACCAAAGGAGCUUGAGAAAGUUUUCGGCGAGAUCAGCAGCAUCACGGGUGCGCUGUUUCUAAUGCAGACCCAGGCAGAGCGUGCACAACAAGACCAGGAAGGCGCCGGAAUGCUGUUCACCGCUGUACGCUCCCUGAGUACCCCAGGAGGUCCGCUGGAGCAGUUCAAAGCAGCUCUGAAGACUCUUGCAUCGAAGUUCUCCCCAGUGGGCGCCGUGAAAAAACUCAGCCGGACACUCGCAUGGCCUUUCGAGAAGAGCGAGAUAGCCGAACUCCUGCUGUCACUGGAGAGGUUGAAAUCCUAUUUUAUGCUCGCUCUCCAAUCUGAUAGCCUCUACUUAUCGAGGGAAACCAAGGGUGCUGUUAACGAUCUCUCCGAAGCCGUGGAAUCGCUACGCCUUGGCAAAGACGACCAAGAAUGCCGAAGGAUCCUGAACUGGCUCAACACUGCCGACAUGGAGCAGAAACACCAAGAUGUGUUCUCGCUUUAUCAGGAGGGUACUUGCUCUUGGUUCUUAGGAUCAGAUGCCGUUGAUGCCUGGCUAGGAGGCGAAGGUAAUCAUAUGCUCUGGUGCCCAGGAGAUCCCGGUGCUGGAAAAACAGUCAUGACUUCGGUCGUCAUCGAGCACGUUAAAGCGAAAUUCCCAGAUGAAGAGACCGUCGUCGCUAUGGCUUGCUGCCACCUUAACGACCCUGAUGCAAAUACAAGCAUCUCCAUAAUCUCUAGCUUAGUGAAGCAGCUCGCCAUCCAUGGCGACACACUGCAUCGUGAGGUCCAUGAGCUCUAUCAUAAGAUGACCAAGGGAUAAAAAAGUCGACCAAGCCUAGCCUCAGAGAGCUACAGCGCUUGCUUCUCUCUCUUGCCUCGAGCUUGAAGAGAGCUUAUGUGUUCGUGGACGGACUUGACGAAUGCGAUAAGAAAGACAGAAGCAUGCUGCUCUCAUCCCUAAAGGACCUGGCCAAGUUGAAGAACGGCCGG